AUGAUGGUGCGCACAGUGACCGCGGGCACGAUAACGGCGGCAAUGCUCCAUAACAGCGAGCCGGGAACGGAGAGCGGAAAGGACGAGGAAGACGCAAUAAUCCCACAUCUUCCGCUACCACAUCCGCGCCACUGGAGCUUUCCAUGGUUCAACCUGCGCUUCGCUCAUCCGCGCAACCUUGGUCUUUACGGUGUAGUUCUUGAACCUACUUUUCGUGGCGAAGCUCCUCUCAAGCCACCUUUCAACCCGCGAUCCAUUCCUCCAAACCCGCCUACAGCCUCUUCCCGCGGCUCGCCUCCCAACAACAACAAGAGCGACACGCACGAACAUCCAACUGCGCAAGAUAUAGAGCUCUUGACCGCUCUCGGCUCCCUCCUAAUCUUCGGGCGUCCAGCUCGCAAAACCCUCGUCGUAGACGAUAUCCGAGCGUUCGUCGAGGACGACCUGGACCUUGCGGCCAAAGCGGGCACGGCCAUUACACUGGUACACGAUGAUUGGGCGGAAAGUGGUGCACACGCGGCAGCUGGACUGCAUCUGUUGACCGUACUCGACGGCCAGCUUCUUGUGCAGCCUUUGCCGGAGGGCGAACUGCUCUCCUUCCCGAUGUCGGUUGGGCUCUUUAGAAAUGCGAUAACGUCUAACGUUCAUUCAUAUGUGCUAGGGAAUCACCUGUGCUAUGAGUAUAAUGCCUAG